AUGCACAUAUCUAUCUAUCUAUCUAUCUAUCUCUAUCUAUCUAUCUAUCUAUCUAUCUAUCUAUCCUCUCUCCUUCUCUCUCUCUCUCUCUCUAUAUAUAUAUAUAUAUAUAUAUAUAUAUAUAUAUAUAUGAAGAAAUAUAUCGAACCAGUCGCCACCGUCGCCGAAAACGCAGCCGUUAACCGCUCGGUCGAGUCCGUCGUUCGAAGCGCUCGCUUCAGUGAUCAAUACCUGAGAAAGUCCUUGCGACUCAAUUCUCGAAUCGGACUUGUUCGUUUGAAUUGCGAUCAGGAAAGUGAAUUUAGAAUGCGCUGUCGUACGCAAAACAUUUCCAUCGUUCGAAGUAGAACGACGGUCCGUCUACAUGUCGUGAACAUCCGCCACUUCUUUACGCGACACAGCCGCCUGCGGCGCCGUCAGAAUACUUGGUCGUCUGUUGCCGCCACCGAAAAGCCUGACGCAGACACCUUUUCGUUCGUUUUGUAA